UGCAUUUACUGCUUUUCCCUCCGUAAAUUAAUCCACUUUAUUGCGACGUGUUUAGCGGUUAAACUGAGCUGUAGUUCGGGAAGAUGUACUUCGAUGUUCAAGAGGAUGGCUAGCCUAUGGAGAUCCUAUCAGGCCUUGAUGACCAAAUAUCCCUGGUCAGUCCAGAUAGUCACAGCUGGGUCUCUGGUGGGUGUGGGUGAUGUCAUCUCCCAACAGCUGAUUGAGAGGAGAGGAUUAGCUCAUCACAAUGUGGGACGAACAGCCCGGAUGAUGAGUAUAGGAUUCUUCUUUGUGGGUCCAGUAAUCGGCAGCUGGUACAAAGUUUUGGACAGGAUCGUGGUUGGAGGGUCUAAAUCGGACGCCAUGAAGAAAAUGCUUGUUGACCAGUUGUGUUUUGCUCCGUGCUUCCUGGGAACUUUCCUCUGUAUUUCUGGAGCCCUGAACGGACUAACAGCGGAGGAGAACAUCGCCAAACUUAAGAGGGAUUACACAGAUGCCCUGAUCUCUAACUACUAUUUGUGGCCUCCAGUCCAGAUUGCUAAUUUCUACUUCGUCCCGCUGCAUCACAGACUGGCCGUCGUCCAGAUAGUCGCCGUCGCCUGGAACUCCUACCUGACCUGGAAGGCCAACAAGAUGUGAAGAAACCUCACAAGUCCAGCCUGUCUUGUUGUUGAUGAUGAUGAUUUUUACACUCAUUUGUACUGUAGACUGCGAGUGUGUGUGAGAAAUGAGCACAACUUACUUUAGUCUUCUGAUAUUUCCAACGUGUAAAACUGUGACUGAAUCACAUGUAAAAGGUCGGGGAAGAUUGCUCGUCUACGCUGAGUGACAAAUUCGCACUUGAAAGUCAAACUUGCAUUUUUGCAGAAACGUCUGUGAAAGUUUGUUAUUUAUGGAAAUGGGAUUUGGCUGCAGAGCUGCAGUGGAGCCACACGAACAUUAACACCUGCUGGUUGAUGAAGGAAAUGUUCUCCUCAUCGCCUCGAUGAGCUUCACACAUAAUGUAUUUUUGAUUUACAUGUUUGCUUUACUGGACUCUUCUCCACCUGAUUCAUUUACUUUGUUCUAGUUUCUUCUGCCAGCAUUUUAAUGACCCUCAGGAACAAAAUGUUGUUUUCUAAAUGUUUAAAAGUCUUAUCCGUCAUGGUUUACUCUUUGUUUUAGUUUAACUUUAGGUUUGGAAGAAUCGCAACUGCAGAUCUCAGUAGCUGCAUUUCCAUUGACCAUAUAAUUGAGCAAUUUGACGUUUUGAAAAUACAUUUGCUUCAUGGAAAUGCUCCAGUUUUGGGGGGGGGAGAAAAACGCUUGUUUUUUGCUAAAAAGUUCUUGUGCUAUGGUGAGGAAUAUUGAAAUGACCUUAUGUCACAAAACACUGGAAACACUUUUUUGAGUCUUCAAGGUGUUUAUGGACUGACUUUUUUGACCAUUUAUCACUUUUCCAAGUUUGUGGAAACUGACUUUCUACUUUUAUCCAGAUUAAUUAAUGUUGACGACUUUUCUUCACAUCUCUACUUGAAUUUCUGUAGAUCAGGGCCUAAUUUGUUGCUUUUUGAAAUAUUUUCACCCUCAUUGCUUUAUUGAAUCUACGGGUAAGAGGAUAGCCAGACCUGGUUGUAGCAAAAUAAAUGCAUUAAUUACAAUGAAUUGAUGAUUUAACGAGGGCAGCAAUUCUAUUUUCACAUAGCCAUAUUGGUUUUGCUCUGUUUAGUUCAAGUGAACCAUCAUUAUCUCUGCAUCCUAAAACCUGCCUCUAAGAACCAGGUUGGCAUUUUCAUACUUUAAGGAACACGUUGAAUAUUUACUGUGCACAUUUUAACAAAUAAAAAUCCUACAUAAUGUUUGAAACCAUAAAA